AUGAAAAUCGAGGAGUACGGAAUCGGAAACGUCCGCAGCCAUGUGCGCUACUUCAGAAACAUCCUCAACGUCUUGCCCUCUCGUUACUCUUAUCUCGACUCGCAGCGUCUGGUCAUCGCUCAAUUCGCACUCGGCGGUCUCUCCUUUCUCGGCGCCAUCGACCAGCUUCAAAACAAGGAAGAAUUCAUCGAGUGGAUCUAUUCUCUUCAGUCUCCUCAUGGCGGCUUCUUUGGCUCAAAGAUCAUGAAAGAACUUCCUUCCCAUCUUGCCAAGCCGCAUAUUGCUUCGACAUUCGCAGCUGUUCAGUGCCUCAUUUUACUUGGCGACGAACUCGACAGAAUUCACAUUCCAGAGCUGCUUUCUUGGAUCAAAUCCUUGAUGAACCCGGAUGGCUCGUUUCAAGGUGCAGCGGAUGCUUCUGAGCCGACGGAUUUAAGGGAAUUCACAUAUUGUGCCGCCUUCCUCAUUCACAUCUUCGGAACAUCAAAUUUCUCCGAUGAAGAUCGAAAAAGAGCAGUUCAAUACAUCAUCUCCUGCCAAAGCCCCGAUACAGCUUUCGGCCAAGUUCCGGGUGCAGAAGGCCACGGAGCCUUGACUUUUUGCGCUCUCGCUUCGCUCAAGUUCUUUGGCUGCCUACACAGCGAUGAAGGAGUGCUUUCUGCCGCAGAGUUAAAACGGAUCGUUCGUUUUUGCGUCAAUCGUCAAUCGGAAGGAAUUCACGGCCGGCCACACAAGCCUGACGACACUUGCUACACCUUCUGGACCUGUGCGGCGCUGAAACUGGCGCAACCGUCGAUUGACAUUUCUGAAAAACUAGACAAGGAACGAGUCUUGAGCUUUGUCCGAAGCUGCGUUGAUGAAAAUAUUGGCGGAAUCAAAAAGCUGAAUGCGAAGAAUCAAUAUGCAGAUGCGACGCAUUCGUAUUUUGCGCUUGCUGGAUUGGGCGUGAUUUUCGACGAUGUAAUGCCCGAAUACAUGCUCAAGAAGGACCUGACUAAAAGAGUUUUGAGAAUAAGGAAUCGAGUAAAAGAGUCAAAACUGGACAGCUCAAACAGCCUGUUAAGCCGAGCUGGUAAUUUGGCAUUGAGCGUUUCCUUUGCUAUUCUUUCUGUCUACGCGACCUAUCUUCUGCGAGAGCCUCUAACUUCAGCCUAA